GUUCGUGAAACGACCACGACAAGAUGUCUCCGAAGGCUUUGAGGUGCGUGACCCUGGCGGCCCUCCUAGGUCUAGCCAUCCACGCCGACACGACCACAGCAGCCACGAGAUUGAAGCCCAGCUCCGACAGCAGCUCCUCCUACAGCAGCUCCUCCGACAGCAGCUCCGACAGCAGCGAUGCUACCGCGCCGUCGCCGGUGCCGGCCAUGCACGUCUCGAGCGCACCGACGUCCGCCGCCCGCGAAAUGAGAACGCCUUCCCCGGCGGCGAUGAUUGCUUCCACCGCGGCGCCGACCAUGGUCAUGAUGCCCGCUGGCAACGGCACCGCGUUCAACGGCACCGACACCCCUUCCCCAAACACGCCCAUCCCCAAACCGGAGUGCAACAGCACCCAGGCGGUGAGCAUCCGCUACUCGGCGACGACAGGACGGCUCUACCUCGAGGCUGGCGUGGAAGGGGAGCGCGGCGGCUGCGUUACCGUGGAGCAGAUCUGGGAGGCUCGCGGCGGGGGCACCACGACCGGUGCUAAGGCUCCUCUUUACGCCGUCGACCCUGUAUCCGGCGAGUACAGCGACGUCAUCACCGGAACCUGGCUGCUCGAGGAAGACCUUUAUGUCGAAGACGGCAUCACCCUCAAGGUCGGCUACAGACAUUUUUUCUUUAUUCUCCUGGCCGGUGUGCUUGACGUCACUGGGUAUUAGGCACGGCCGGUGUUUCUUUUGUGUGUAUGCGUCAAAAUAUUCGUCUCCUCACGUCAAGGGCGACGUUGUCAAUUGUUUUUCCUCAGAUUGGCGUGUACGGUUGACCGUGCUGUGUACACUGCAUGGCUAAGAGCGGACGAGAGGUUCCUUUGUGCUCUGGAAGAUUGGCCGCACUGCCCACACUAGUUUGGGCUGUAGGAUCGCAGCAUGUCACCUCCCUUUUUGUCAUGACGCCCUUUUCCACCUUUGUCUCUCUGUUCGACCUGUCAUCCACUCGAGAGUUGACAGGGAUGUUGUUUUGAUGUAAGUGGCUUCUUUGGUGCAUGUGACACUCCAAUCGUUUAUUCUUCUCCUUCGAUACUGCACCACCGCAGGUGUGGGGUAACGGGUCAGGGGGCUACGCGGACGAGCUGCGGCUUAAGAGCACCCCCCCCACCGAAGACGGAGGGAACGGAACCUACAUCAACCUUCGCGCCCACGGCGGGAGCCUCGACUUCGAGCAUACCAAGGUGAUUUACUGCCGCCUGCAUCUCAACGCGUCCGUUGCGCUACUGCACUGAGACGAAAUCUCCUGUGCCAUUCGGCUCCCUGUUAUCGCUCAGGUGGUUAGGCCGGUGUAGCAAAGGCCCCGGGAGCGAACGGUUUGUAUACUGUCCAUGAGUUAUAUUCCGCGCUUCGAAGCAAUCAUUAUUGCUUGACUGACGUGGGCUUAAAUUGCUCAUGUUGCUUGCGCUUGUGCGGCGGUUACCAAUAUUCCCGCGUCGAAUCCCUUGAAUCGAUAGAUAGACUAAUUCAUCUAAUGACAGCAGACUGACUGAGAGGAUAAAACGAGUCAUGUAGCGUAUCGAUCGUCUCGCUCUCGCUACCGUACACAAGCCAGUACUGCUGCUUUGCUUACUGCUAACGUCGCCUGAAUCCGCCCCCGCAGGUUUUUGGGUGGGACACCACCAACAAUUCGUACGACAUGGAUGAAACUGACGGACGCAGCUACAUCAGCGCCGUCUCCGAGAUCGUGCUGGACCCUA